UGCUGUUGCUUUCCUCAUUUAUUGAUUUUUAUUUUAUGUGCAUCAAUGCUUUGCUUGCAUAUAUGUCUAUGUGUCAGAUGCCCUGGAACUGGAGUAGCAGACAGUUGUGAACUGCCAUGUGCUUGCUGGGAAUUGAACCUGGGUCCUCUGGAAGAGCAGCCAGUGCUCUUAACCACUGAGCCACCUCUCCAGCUCCUUGUUACGUCUUAUAAUCAUUGAUUUGCUCAAGUAGUAACUUGGAUGACAGAUUAGUUCAUUGCAGCAUUUACUUUUUAAAAGGACAAACUGUAGCCAUCUGGUUUACCAUCACAUCAACACAUACUCAGCACUCAAAAGUAAUUGUGAAAAAGAAAAAUCAGAGAAAUUGUCUUUGUCGGGGUUACUAUGGCUGUCAUGAAACACCAUGACCAAAGCAACUUGGAGAGGGAAGGGUUUCUUAGGCUUAUACUUCUUUGACACCUUUCAUCACUGAAGAAAAUCAGAACAGUAACUCAAACAGAGUAGGAACUCGGAGGCAGGAACUGAGGCAGAGGCCAUGGUGGGUACUGCUUACUGGCUUCCAUGUCAUGGCUUGCCCAGCCUACUUUUGUUUAGAACCACCUGUCCAGGGUUGGCCCCACCCAUGAUGGACUGGGCCCUCCCCCAUCAAUCACUAAUUUUGAAAAUGCCCUACAGGUUACCUAAGUCUGAUCUUAUGAAAGCACUUUCUCAAUUGAGGCUCCCUCCUCUUGGAUGACUCUAACUUGUGUCAAGUUGACAUGAAACCAGCUAGCACAGGAAUACGAUGGAAAGGUGAUGUAAAGGAAAGAGAGGAGGUGACGAGAAAGAAAGAACAAUAGGGGCAGAAGAGACAAAGGCAGGGUGGGAGGAGACCCUGGUACUGGGGGCCCAGUGAUGUCAGAAUUUUAUCUGAGGCAUGGAUAUGAAAAUAUGGAGAAGUCUUUACCAUUGCUCAAGACGUUGACCACCCCCAGUAACAAAGUCCUUUGCCCAGAAAAAUCUGUUCUUUUCUCUCACUCUAACUGGUUCUCUGAGGAGGAAAUUCAGCAGCUCCAUUUAGUGAUCAUGUACUAGCAUCCACUGACAAGCCAUUCUGUGUUGUACAGAGAUCAAAGCCAGGAAACUAAUCUCUGUGUUUUUCUCACAGGCCUUUGAGCUAGGCACAAUGAUGUACUAACCAUGGUUUGUUAGCUGGCAAUUUAUUGGCCUGACCCAUUUUCUCUGUGUUCACCUCACGCUCUAGAUGAGGAAUAAGGAAGAAGAUGCUUAGUGGGCCACCAUCAGGACAUACUUCUUUGACGGUGUUGCCACUCAUGGCCCAGCUAGUUACUGGCUUUCUCAGAAACCUAACUCUGAAGGGAAGGAAAGAUACCAUCUGAUAUUAGUUCUACCUCCCAGUCCCAAAACUCAACUCACUGAUUAUGUGGACCUCUCUGGGUAGCUGACGAAUAUUGAAAACCCAUUCUUCAGGUAUCAUGCUUUCUCUCCAGACCCUUCUUGAGGAGGGUCCUCCAGCACCUCAUAGAUCAGAGCUAUCACAGGAGGUGCAGAGAGAAGAGGCCCACAGAGAUGUGGUGAGGUCAUUUUGCAUGGACCUGGUUCAGCCUCACUUUCGGGAGGCUUCUUGUUACAAUGCACAUCAAGCACACUCUAGGCAGAUGUCCCCCUCAGACACGGAGAACAUUACUAAGGAUGUGAAAACAUUCCCAGCGUGGCUUGCUGCAGCACUUUAUGGGAUGUGAGAAUGCCAUUUGUAAUUGUUAGGAAUUUGGAAAGGCUUUUCAGAAUGGAAGCUGCCAGUGUCUCCGGGGAUUCUCGGAGCUGUUCAUAUAGCAACAUUUGCACUAGUCAUUCCAGAUGUGAGCGCCUUUCCUGGUCUAUAUAAGUGAGAGGGGUUGAGGGUAUUUCACAGAGAGAAAACGAUCUGUAAAGAGUGAGAGGCAGAGGGACGGACCUCCCCCUCAGUCCCUCCCUGUCAUCAUAGAAAACAGUAUCUUCUCUCAUCGCUAACACCCUGGCACUUACGGUAGGGCGAGCCCCUCAGCCAGAUCGUGAGCCCUUUGCAGCGGGGAGUCCUGUUUAUGUCUGACUCCUCUUUGUAUCACUACAUCACCAAACAUCUUGUGCUAGAGACAUUAGAAGCGGUUUUGUUUUAGCUCUUUGGUCAUUGGUGCAUUCCAUAUGUUAAAAAGAUGGCAUAUUUGGGAACUUAAAACUCCAGGGUAGCUUUCCAGCCUCCGCCUCGGACCCUGCAGCCGCCGCAAUGUUGAUGCCCAAGAAGAACCGGAUUGCCAUCUAUGAACUCCUUUUUAAGGAAGGGGUGAUGGUUGCCAAAAAAGACGUCCACAUGCCCAAACACCCCGAGCUGGCAGACAAGAACGUGCCCAACCUUCACGUCAUGAAGGCCGUGCAGUCUCUCAAGUCUCGAGGCUACGUGAAGGAGCAGUUUGCUUGGAGACAUUUCUACUGGUACCUCACGAAUGAGGGCAUCCAGUACCUCCGAGAUUACCUGCACCUACCUCCGGAGAUCGUGCCGGCCACCCUGCGCCGCAGCCGUCCUGAGACUGGCAGGCCUAGGCCCAAAGGUCCAGAGGGUGAGCGGCCUGCAAGAUUCACAAGAGGGGAGGCAGACAGAGACACCUACAGAAGGAGCGUUGUGCCCCCUGGAGCUGACAAGAAAGCUGAGGCUGGGGCUGGCUCAGCAACGGAGUUCCAGUUUAGAGGAGGUUUCGGUCAUGGACGUGGUCAGCCGCCUCAGUGAAGUUGGAGAUUAUGUUGUGUUGAAUAAACUUUAAAGAAAAA